GACAGGUUGAAGAAGCGAUAAUGUUGUGAUGUUUUUAUCUUGCACACGUUUGAGGAGUAAACCGAUUGACUAAUCAGAUCUUGGUGACGGCUUGUACAUGAACAGGACUCCCUAUCGACAAAACAACUAAAGAUGUUGACAAGGUAAAACAGAUGAAGCUGGUCCAUUGCUUGUACAUCCAGCAGUAGCUGCCCAACCAUGGUGUCCUGAAUCAUCCUCGUCUUCUCACCUGGGUCACACAGCAACCGCCACCAUGUUGAUCAAGGAGUACCGGAUCUCCCUCCCUAUGAGCGUGGAGGAGUACAGGAUAGCUCAGCUCUAUAUGAUCCAGAAAAAGUCUCGCCAGGAGAGUCAUGGAGCAGGGAGCGGAGUGGAGAUUCUGGAGAACACACCCUACACAGAGGGACCAGGGGGUAGUGGACAGUACACCUACAAGAUAUACCACAUUGGCAGCCAUCUGCCAGGUUGGUUUCGAGCGAUCCUACCCAAGUCAGCUCUCAGGGUGGAGGAAGAAGCCUGGAAUGCCUACCCCUACACAAAGACUCGCUACAAAUGUCCCUUCAUUGAGAAGUUCCUGCUGGAGAUUGAGACCAAGUACUUAGACAAUGGGGGCACGACAGACAAUGUCUUCAAUAUGACCCCAUCAGAUAUGAGACAGAGAGUUGUUGAUGUUCUGGACAUUGUCCGAGACCCGGUCACAAGUGGGGACUACACCAAGGAGGAGGACCCCAAGCUGUACAAGUCCUCCAAGACGGGACGGGGUCCUCUGGAGGAAAACUGGCGGGAGGAGUACAGCCAGGCCAUUCUUGACCCCAACAACACCACCAAGGCCAUCAUGACGGCCUAUAAACUGUGCAAGGUGGAGUUCCGGUACUGGGGCAUGCAGAAUAAAAUAGAGAGAUUCAUUCAUGAUAUUGCGUUACGGAAGACCAUGUUACGUGCUCACCGACAGGCAUGGUGUUGGCAGGAUGAAUGGAGUGGUUUAACUUUGAAUGAUAUCAGGCAGUUAGAACAUGAGACACAACUGGCACUUCAGGAGAAGAUGGCAGCUGCCUCAGAAGAGGAAGGGGACAAUGCAAGAAGAGGAAGUAUGAAGGGAGAUAACUCAGUGAGGUUUUCGGAGACAACCUCUAGUGAAACUCAAGACAAUGCUCAUUUAAAUUCGAAGGUGCUAAUCAAUCGGACAGCUUCUCAGGAGAGUAGUGGCACAAUAAUUAAUGGGGAAACAGGACCCAGGAGAAGAUCACUUGGUUCCAGCAAGAGAUCUGUUGGAGGUUCUAGUCGAGAUGUGUCAGAGUGGAGGUUUGAGAGCCUGGAACAACUGCAGGAGUCCAGCUCAGAUGAAGAUGAGUUCUUCGAUGCUCAAGAGGGUAUGGAAGGUGAAGGUGAAGAAGGUCAUAGAGGUCGAGGGAUGGUGCGGUCGUCGUCCAUGGAGAUGGUGUCCAGUGGGGACGAGUAUGCUGAUGCACUGUCAGAAGAGACCAACUUUGGCAGGCGGGUGGAGCAGUUCCGAAUGAUGUACAGUGUGGAUACCUCCCUCCCAUCCUCCCUGGACCUGCCGCACCCCCAAACCAGUGGUGCUUGCCCUGUCAAAAUACUCUUCCUUGUCCUGCAUGGAGGCAGUGUGUUGGAUUCUGGUAAAGAACCCACAAAGCGCAGUGAUUUCCUGACGUUGAGGUCGACGUUCGAGACUGUGAUACAGUCCCACUACCAUGCAGCAUCCGGCCAGCUGGCAUUCCGCCACGUGCCCAGUCCACAGGUCUGCAGUGACACGCUCUCCAUACUCUCAAGCUUAAGCCCAUACCAUUUUGAGAGCCAGGCAACUAUGAAUUCUGGUGAGAACACGUUGUCAUGGUCACAAGACUUUGUGCCGUUGGGGGCGAUAGCUUUGUUUGCAUCAUCAAGCACAGAGUACCAGGAUCAUGUGAAUACCACAGUGGUCAGAGCCAACCAGGUGUUUCAGGAAUUUCUCUUGUCGGAUGAAGGAAGGGGCUUUGCAGGACAGGUUUGUAUAUUAGCAGACUCUACAGGGUCACUGUUAGCCUAUGAUGCCCUCACGAGCGCCAAUCAACACAGCAUGCGAGGUGGGAGUCGAUACGGUAGCCACAACAGCCUGGAGGAAGAGGGUGGUGGGGAAUCUAAGUCAUGUGACCAUCGACACCCUGGACAUACAACGUUACAGGAAACGAAGCAGCUAAGUCAGAGUGACCCUGACCUUGCCCCUGAAGCAAACACUACUCAUCUCCUUGAUCACACGGAACGGUAUAAGAGAAGUAAAAGUGAGGUUGUCCCCCCUGAUUUUAUGGAGUUACGCCGCCAAGGAUCGUCCCGACAGAACUCUACUCAUUUGAGCGUUAAUCAAAGUGACAAUGCUGCAUCUCGAAGGACCAGUACUGGCAGCCAUUUUGAAAGUAGUUAUACAAAGUUUGAAUUUGAUGUGUCAGACUUCUUCAUGUGUGGGUCUCCGCUGGGACUUGUACUUGCAUACAGGAGGUUAUUCUCAGGAGAGGACAAAAGUUGUCCUCCCCUGAAGCCAGCCUGCCAUCAGGUGUACAACCUCUUCCACUCCAACGACCCUAUCGCCAUCCGCCUCGAACCACUUGUUCAGGGAGGAUUCCGUCAUGUCCCACCAAUCAAGAUCUCACGAUACAGCAAGUUCCCUCUCGGUGACGGGGAGCCCAUUCAUGUUGUUGAGACAGUACAGAACCACCUGAGCUUGUUCACUGAUGGUCAUCGACAUUCCGUGUCACCUGGUCACCCAAGUCUCCAGCGACAGUCUAGUACCUCCAGUGUGUCCAGUACCACCUCGGGUGUUGGGGAGACUGCCGUCACCAGUAUUACUAAUGUGACAAGUCGCUGGUGGGGUACGAAGCGUAUCGACUUUGUGUUAUACUGUCCUGAGGUUCUUCAUUUUCCGACCAACGCCCUACCUCACCUCUUCCACGCCAGCUUCUGGGAGUCUACAGACGUUGUCGCCUUCAUCCUCAGACAGGUGUUGCGACAUGAUGCUGUAGCCGACUCUGACCGUACCGCCAGGGGAGCUGUGUCAACCUUCACCUUGGCUCACCCUCGUGAGAAGUGGCUGAAGCGCAGAACGACCAUCAAAGUCCGGAAUCUGCAGCCAAACCACCGAGCGAAUGAUGUGAUUGUGUUGGAAGACAAGGCCCAAGUGUUGACGGGGAAGUUCAUGUAUGGCUCAUUGGACAUCACCUCACUGACAGGAGAGAAGGUUGAUGUUUAUAUAAUGACCCAACCUCCAUCUGGGAACUGGGUUUUUAUCGGGACGGAGGUGACGGACGGACAUGGUCGACUUGUGUUUGAGAUACCCAUGGAGAAGAGACUAAAUCAAGGGAUGUACCCUGUCAAGAUGGUGGUCAAGGGUGACCACACAUCAUGUGAUUUUUACUUGACGGUGCCCCCGAAGACAGAAACGGUCAUCUUCAGCAUCGAUGGUUCCUUCACCGCCAGCGUCAGCAUCAUGGGCAAAGACCCGAAAGUCAGGGCAGGGGCUGUUGAUGUUGUCAGACACUGGCAGGAGCUGGGUUAUCUGAUCAUGUACGCGGCGCCACGGCCAGACAUGCAGCACAGGAAGGUGGUGUCCUGGCUGGCCAACCACAACUUCCCACACGGCAUGGUGGCAUUCAUGGAUGGUUUCUCCAAGGACCCACUUCGACAGAAGCUCAACUAUCUCAAAGCUUUGCAGAAUGAGGCUCAGAUAGUGUACAAGUCAGCGUAUGGCUCCAGCAAGGAUAUCUCCCUGUACAAGGACCUGGGUGUGGCUGUGCCACAGAUCUUCAUUGUGGGCAAGGCCUCCAAGAAACAACAUGCUCAAGCUCAGAUCAUAUCAGAUGGCUAUGCCGCACAUCUAACAGACCUGAUGUCACCAGGAAGGUCAAGGCCAGCUGUUGGGAAUGCCAGGAUGUUCCUGAGGAAAAGCUGCUUCCGACUUCCGCGCCCUCAAGAAAAUCGGAAAAUGACAAAGCGUACGACUUCUUUCCCCUGCCACGGAACAACAACAGCAGAUCUGCUCAGUAGCGCCGAGUUCACCCAGAAUGUCACCACCAAGAUUACCGUCACAGACACAGCUGCUGCUGACCAGGGCUCAACAUCACCAACGACAGACAAACAAAUUGGAAAGUCCCCCUCCACAAAGAAGCACUACAGUCGCACAGAAUCAGCUGUGUAAUUUGACUGCUGGGCAUCAGCUUGUUCCUUCUACUUGGGUGUAAACACUGCUUCCUGUAGCGGAGUUGGAUGUUGUCAUGGGACUGCUCCCAGUCUCUCAUCAAUCGGCACAAGAAGAAUCACUUGGUGGCCACAGCUGUGUCCGAAGCUGUACCUCAAGUCACAUUGGCUGUGUAUGAAAACAUCGUGGCUUUAGAGGAGGGUAGAAAAAAUGAUGAAUGAACUGUCAGGUUAAUCAGGAAUAGUCAGUUACAACCUGGUAUUAUUUAUGACAAUUUCAUCCUUUAUUUGCCCCAUAGGGAGAUAUACAGAAUGAAUUUAUGAAGGUGAUGUUGUUUUUAUGAAAUAAGAGGAUCAAGAGUGUGUGUUGGAGCAGGUUUGGGAUGAAACUGUCGUAGAUCAAUACUCUGGUUGUUAUUUGUGUGAAAUGGACAGGCGAUUGAAGCAUGGUUCGGUGUCUGUCAGGUGAUACAUUUCUCAAAUGUAGAUGUAGAAUUUGUGCUGCAUGAAGGACAUUCAUGUGUUGGCAGAAUGUCAAUCAUGACUUGUUCAUGAGAAAAACAGCCAAACAUUUUACAUUUUGUUGUUACUGUUAUUUAUUCAUGUAUAUAAUGCUGUUCAUCGAUAUUAUUUAUUAAUUGUUCAGAUGAUUUAUUUUGACAAAAUCUUAUCAAUGUUUCAAGAAGGUUCUCCCAGUUUCUUAGAGAGGAACAAGUAGAUGUUCAGAAAUUACUUCAUAGAAGGACAUUACAAGCAGUUCUUUGUUUAUAUGUAUGUAUUCAAGAGUUAUUCUGGGUCACGGUCCUGCUCUGAAUCAUGUCCUUGAUAAUGUUUUUGGUCUUAUUGGUAAUGUCAUGGUUUGGUCUAGCCCUUGCCCUUGCCCAUGUUCAAACUUGGGGCUUGUGCUAAGACCUGUUCCAGGUCUGAACCAUGUGCUUGAAGUAGGUCCUUGCUUGUGCUAGGUCUGAACUGUGUCCUUGCAGUAGGUCCUUGCUUGUUGUAGGUCUGAACCAUGUCCUUGAAGAAGGUCCUUGCUUGUGCUAGGUCUGAACCGUCCCUUCCAACAGCGAAGGCGACGCUUAUCUGGUUGAUCCUGCCAGUAAUCAUAUGCUUGUCUCAAAGAUUAAGCCAUGCAUGUCUAAGUACCAACUCUAGCACAGUGAAACUGCGAAUGGCUCAUUAGAUCAGUUAUGGUUCCUUAGACGAUACAAUCCUACUUGGAUAACUGUGGCAAUUCUAGAGCUAAUACAUG